ACUGCUUCGCCUCCGCGCAUCAGAGGGACCUCUAUUUGUUCUCCUCUCUCGCGGCGCAGCGGUGCCGGUGCGGCGGCGGGAAGGGCGUCGCCAUGGUUCACGUCAGCUUCUACAGAAACUAUGGGAAGACCUUCAAGAAGCCCCGAAGGCCAUACGAGAAGGAGCGGCUUGAUGCUGAACUGAAGCUUGUGGGAGAAUAUGGACUGCGGAACAAGCGUGAGCUUUGGAGAGUCCAGUAUGCUCUGAGCAGGAUCCGGAAUGCUGCAAGGGAGCUGCUGACCCUUGAUGAAAAGAAUCCCCGUCGGAUUUUUGAAGGCGAGGCUCUGCUUCGCAGGAUGAACCGCUAUGGCCUUCUUGAUGAGACUCAAUCCAAGCUGGAUUAUGUUCUUGCCCUUACUGUUGAGAACUUUCUUGAGAGGAGGCUCCAGACUUUGGUAUUCAAAUCUGGAAUGGCCAAGUCAAUCCAUCACGCCAGGGUGCUUAUCAGACAGCGCCACAUCAGGGUUGGAAGGCAAGUGGUAAACAUACCAUCAUUCAUGGUGAGAGUCGAAUCAGCCAAGCACAUUGACUUCUCCCUCACUAGUCCCCUUGGCCAGGGCCGGCCUGGAAGAGUGAAGCGAAAGAAUUUGAAGGCGGCCUCGAAGAAGGCUGCCGGAGGAGAUGGUGAAGAGGAAGAUGAGGAAUGAGCCAUUACUGAAAUAUUGUAGUAGUUGAAAGCUGUCUUUACUGUGUUCUUCUCAGUUUGAGUUUUCUUCUUCUUCCCUUAUUUGAACUCAUUUAUUUGGUUUUUAGAUCAUAGUGCUUAUUUUUCAUGACAAACUGAAUCCCAACUGUUUUGUUCCUUGGUGUUCCUUAUAAAAUGUAGAGGUAUCUUGCCUUGACUAUGUCUUAAUCAAGUGCAUUUUUAAAUCAAGUACAUUUUCAAAUUGAA